AUGGCAACCUGGCCGAUAACUGGCUAUUUCUCGCCCAGUGAUCAUCCCUCCAGUCUACCAACUACUACUUUAUCUUCCAUCGCCGACGGAAUAUGGACAACUUCUGCUUCUAACGCAACUUCAGUACCUUCAAGCAAUUACACUUACUAUUUACCACCUCAGCUUGUCAUCUCGACGUGGAAUAUCGCAUUUAUUGUCAUCUAUGCUGCGUUAUUAACUAUCGGUGUACCCGCUAAUAUUUUUGUUUUAGUAGUUAUUUAUCGUUCACCUAAAUUAAAAGGCGUAGCUAAUUACUAUUUAAUCAAUUUAAUGUAUGCUGAUCUCCUCGUGUUAAGCAUUAAUGUACCAUUUAGUUUAAUUACUGAUAUUAUGCAUGAAAAUCGGCACUAUAUGCUGGGUAACGCAAUAUGUAAGCUUUCACCAGCAAUUAGUCAAGCAUGUUUCUAUACUAUGUCGUUAACAUUGACGAUUAUUAGUGUCGAUCGUUAUUUUCAAGUGGUUUAUCCAUCGUCAAAAUUUUGGAUUACCAAAUCAGUUGUUCUGGUCAUUUCCAGUAUAUGGCUAAUAUCGAGCUUGUUGGUUAUUCCAACACUGAUCUUUGUCUCUACAGAAAACAUACGUGGCAUGAAACUUUGUGUUAAUUUAAUGCCUAGCAAUAUUCGCUCAGUCUAUCGCCUCUUGGUUGUUAUUAUUAUUUAUCUUAUACCCUUCGUUAUCAUGCUAUAUUGCAAUUUUCAUAUGCUUAUUGCUGUUCUACGAACGGGUAAAACAACAUCUAGUAAUCAAAUUGCUAAUAAAAUGAAAAAGCGUGUGAUGGUUAUUGUAAGUUUAAUUAUAUUGGCAUUUGUAGUAUGUAUUGCACCUAGUCAAAUUUAUAAAAUUUUUCUUGAAUAUUCCGUAAUUCGGAUAUCAGCAGCAACUAUAAUUAAAAUUUCCGUCGUCUGUCGCACUGUCGCCUAUUUCGAUACUUUAAUCAAUCCAAUACUUUAUGCAGCAUUAAAUACAAGAUUCCGUGAAGGCUGUAAAGAUAUUACGCAUUCUUUUAUCAAUCGACGAUUUACCGCAUUACCUGGUGAAAUAUCUAGAGCUGAUUUAAUCCUUCAGACCAAAAAUCAAUCGUUAGCCAUCAAAGAGCUAUGUACACCAGCAUUGGCGAUCACCAUUUGCCAUGAUGAAAUCACAAAAACAACCGAUCAAUCAUGCUAA